AUGACCACGAGCAACAUAGGAAUGAAAAAUGACAAUCACUACCAACUCAUGUCUCUGACACACCGCAAAGUAGAACUGACAGGGAACAUCAGAGUGGAGGGGCGCAACCUGAUGACGAGGAAGAAACGCUCGACAAUUCCGCAGGGCUAUUCUGUAUCACGUUUUCAGGAGCUGGCUAAACAGUUUGAAGACCACUUUGCGGCCUCGGCAAUAUAUCUUCACGAUUCUGACUAUUUAAUGACCAUUAAACAAGGAUCGCAUGAAAGUCUGAAGGAUUAUAUAACUCGGUUCACGAAGGUGGCCAUGAAAAUCUCGGAUCUCCACCCUGAGGUUCACCUUCAUGCCAUUAAUAGCGGCCUUCGUCCAGGAAAGUUUCAGGAGACCAUUGUUGUCACUAAGCCAAAAACCUUGGCCGAAUUCCGUGAGAAGGCUAAAGGACAGAUAGAUAUCGAAGAACUCCGCCAAGCGGAUGACAUUAUCAAAGAAAUAUUGAAUUCAAAGUUGAUCAAACCCUCCCGUAAGGCGGGCAGUUAUCCCGAACCCAAAAACAUUGACAGAUCGAAGUACUGCACCUUUCAUCAGAAACACGGCCACACAACUGAUGAGUGUGUAAUUGCUAAAGAUCUACUGGAGCAUUUGGCACGACAAGGCUAUCUUGAAAAAUUUGUUGCAGGACAUAUACAGAAGAGAACAACAUCCAGUUCUGAGCAACCUACAACAAGUCCAUCGUCAAAGGAAAAGGAUAAAGCUUCGGCUCAACCUCGGGGAGUGAUCAAUUGUAUUUCGGGAGGUUAUGCCGGUGGAGGAAAUACAAGCUCGGCCAGGAAGCAGACUUACAGAGCUAUGUUAGCGGUUGAGGAUACUACUCACAAUUCUGAACCAAUUCAGGACAUUCCCGAGAUGACUUUUCGCCCCGCCGACUUCAAUUGCAGCCACACUAACUACAAUGACCCUGUGGUUGUCUCCAUCCAACUAGGAGACCUUAUUGUUCGGAAAGUAAUGCUUGAUCCAGGAAGUAGCGCUGAUGUACUUUUUUUUGCCAAAUUUCAAAAAAUGAAACUGAGCACUAACAUUUUGCAGCAAUAUUCAGGAGACUUGGUCAGAUUCUCAGGAGAACGAGUUCCUGUCCUGGGGUCUGUGUGGUUACAAACUACACUCGGCGAACAACCAUUAUCUAAGACACAGGACAUCCAAUAUCUUAUAGUAGAUUGUUUUAGUCCUUAUAAUGUUAUCUUAGGGAGACCUUUUUUAAACAGAUUUGCUGCUAUUGUUUCCACAUAUCACCUUUGUGUCAAGUUUCCUGUGCAGGAUAACAUUGUCGCAACUAUACACAGUGACUUACAAGAAGCUCGGAACUGCAUGCCCCAUGCUAAUGAAGAUCUGAAAAAGGUCGACCUAACCGAAGAUCCAAGAAAAUUUACUUUUAUUGGAACAUUAAUUGAUGAUGCGGUCAGGGACAAGCUGAUCAGUUUCUUGCGUCUGAACACCGACCUAUUCGCUUGGACUUCUGGGGAUAUGCCAGGGAUUAGUCCGUCAGUAAUCACACACAAAUUAGCAGUCAAUCUGGUAGCCCGACCAGUUUCUCAGAAAAAGCGAAACCUCGGAGCCGAGAAGUGA